AUGGACCUUUUCAAGUCUCUGCUCCCCCCAGCCAAGGGCAUCCUGCCCUACUACAUGCUCAUUCUCUCUGUCGUCUCCAUCGGCAACUCCCUGCAAGCCUACGCGACGCUGCACUUCUCGCGCCGCGUCUACAACGGCCGCUUCGUCCGCAACCCCAAGCUGCCACCCGCGUCGCCCGCCUUCAACCCCGACGACUCGGUCAAUAAGCUCGUCCCCGCCGCCGCCAACGACGCCCACGCCGCGGACCAAGUGACCCCCCUUGCUGGCCGUCUGUUUGGCACCUGGACCCUCAUCACCUGUAUUGUCCGCUGCUACGCCGCCUACAACCUGCACCUCGGCCCGGUCUACAACAUUGCCAUAUGGACCUACGUCGUGGCGCUCGGCCACUUUGCCAGCGAGCUGUUUGUCUUUAAGAGUAUGAACUUUGGCCUGCCGCAGGUCUUUCCCUUUACGCUGGCGAGCUGCGCCCUGAUCUGGAUGCCAAUGGUCCGAAACUACUACGUCGAGAGCAACUAG